AUGGAAUGUGGAAAGACCUUUGCUCAAAGAGGGGAUCUUAUUCGCCAUAAAAGGAUCCACACAGGGGAGAAACCCUAUAAAUGCAUGGAGUGUGGAAAGACCUUUGCUCAAAGAGGGGUUCUUAUUCGCCAUAAGGUGAUCCACACAGGGGAGAAGCUGUAUAAAUGCAUGGAGUGUGGGAAAACGUUUACGCGUAGCACUGGACUCAAUAAUCACAAUAAGCUCCACACAAGAGAAAAGUCCUAUAAAUGAAUGGAAUGUGGAAAGACCUUUGCUCAAAGAGGUCAUCUUAUUUGCCAUAAGAGGAUCCACACAGGGGAGAAGCCAUAUAAAUGCAUGGAGUGUGGAAAGAGCUUUGCUUAUAGUAAUGGACCGGGAUAUCUUCAGGACCGCCUUCUGUUACCACAUGCCUCCCACCGGCCAGUACGCUCUCACAGAGAGGGCCUCCUCAGGGUGCCGUCAGCCAAACAGUGCAGGCUGGCGACCCCCAGGGGGAGAGCCUUCUCUGUGGGGGCACCUACCCUCUGGAAUGAGCUUCUCCCAGGACUUCGACAACUUCCAGACCUCCGGACCUUUCGCCGCGAGCUUAAAACAUAUCUAUUCUUUCGAGCAGGACUGGCUUAAUAGGAUUUUUUAAAUAUGGAUUUUAUUGGGGUUUAUUUUCUAUUUUGUAUUGUAUUUUAAAUUUAGGCUAUUGGAAUAAGUUUUUUAAAUAUUGUUUUUAUUGAAAUGUAUCGUUUUAUUUUAUCUGCCUGUUCACCGCCCUGAGUCAUUAAAUUAUUGUUGUUGUUGUUGUU